AUGACUUCCGUGGCAUGUGUCCCUGGCCAGAUCUUGUCCAAUACAUCAACCCACGUCCCGGGCCCCGGCACUCACGUCUACGAAACCAACAUCCUUGCCUCUAUCCUCGGUCAUACGUUCAUAACGUCGUCACCAGACAAGAAGAGCAAACCCACCAUCUCAGUGCCUCGCCAAUCUACAUCCACAGUCACGUCGAUGGACAAUGUUGUCUUACCCAAAGUUGGCUCCACGGUGCUCUGCCGCGUAACCCGCAUCCGACAGCGAGAGCUCAACGCCUCAAUCCUCACCGUCAUCUCCUCUUCCACGACCAGCACAGAGAUAAUCCCUUACACUCAACUCACUACCGACGACUUGCAGUUCCAAGCCAUUCUCCGACGCGAAGACAUCCGCACGCAUUCCGACGCGACCACGACUGUUGCCUCAUCCUACCGCGUGGGAGAUAUCAUCCUUGCGAGCGUGAUUUCCCUGGGCGAUGAGCGGAAUUAUUACAUCAGCACGGCCGGGAACGAGUUCGGCGUUGUGGUUGCGACGAGUGAAGGCCGGAAUGCCAUGGUGCCGAUGAGCUGGAAGGAGAUGAGGGACGUUGUGACUGGCAAGGGAGAGUCGAGGAAAGUGGCGAAGCCAAGUUGA